GCAAAACGGUUCUUCCAAAUUCCAAAAAGCGGGCAGGUCAAUGACCCACUUCAAGAUAUCGAUUCCAGCCGGAUUCAUUUCCCUUUUAAGCCUUAUUCCAAUUCGCCCGAAUCAACCCCACCAAGUCGCUCACUGAAAAGGAUCCACCGUACAGUGGAGGAGGAGGAAUGGUGAUAUAUAUGCCUUGAUCCGGAUCUCAUGAAAUAAACGACGGAUUGGGGGGUGGAAUUCUCGGUAUCUUCCUUGAUCCGGAUCUAAUGAAAUAGACGAGACAGAUUGGGGAGUAUAAUUCUCGGCAUCCGCUAGGCUCCAUUCGCCGAUCGGGAAUCCCUUAGCGGUUUGUGUUUGUGCGUGUGUGCGUGGUAGACAGAGAGGUGGAUAGAAAUGGUGACGCAAGGCGCCGCCGCGUUGGGAAAGAUUAAGAUCGGCGUUUGCGUCAUGGAAAAGAAGGUGAAAUGCGGAGCAGAGGUGCACUCUGCGCCCAUGGGGCAAAUUUUGGAGAGGCUGCAGGCUUUUGGGGAAUUUGAGAUAAUAUUAUUUGGGGACAAAGUUAUUCUCGAGGAGCCUGUAGAAGACUGGCCGAUUUGUGAUUGCUUGAUUGCCUUCUAUUCAUCGGGUUAUCCGCUCAAAAAAGCAGAGGCUUAUGCUGAACUACGGAAGCCAUUCUUAGUAAAUGAGCUGAAGCCACAAUACCUUCUCCAUGACAGAAGAAAGGUCUAUGAGUUUUGUUACUUGAAGCGGCUUGAGGAGUUUGGAGUCCCUGUUCCUAAUUAUGCUCUUGUAAAUAGAGAAUUUUCCUACCAAGAGCUGGAUUACUUUUUUGAGCAUGAAGACUUUGUUGAAGUGCAUGGGAAGCGCUUUUGGAAACCUUUUGUGGAGAAGCCUAUUGAUGGGGAUAACCAUAGCAUCAUGAUAUAUUAUCCUAGUUCUGCUGGUGGUGGGAUGAAAGAAUUGUUUAGAAAGGUUGGAAAUCGGUCCAGUGAAUUCCAUCCUGAGGUUAGAAGAGUAAGACGAGAAGGCUCUUACAUAUAUGAAGAAUUUAUGCAUACAGGAGGAACUGAUGUGAAGGUUUAUACCGUGGGCCCAGAAUAUGCACAUGCUGAAGCAAGGAAGUCUCCGGUUGUUGACGGAGUUGUAAUGAGGAAUCCUGAUGGAAAGGAAGUCAGAUAUCCCGUCUUACUAACUCCUGCUGAGAAACAGAUGGCAAGGGAUGUUUGCCUUGCUUUCAGACAAGCGGUCUGUGGAUUUGACCUUCUGCGGUGUGAAGGAAGAUCUUAUGUUUGUGAUGUCAACGGAUGGAGUUUUGUUAAAAAUUCCUACAAGUAUUAUGAUGAUGCAGCAUGUGUUCUGAGGAAGUUAUUCUUUGAUGCCAAAGCUCCUCAUCUUUCAUCUACCAUCCCUCCAAGUCUUCCAUGGAAAGUAAACGAACCUACUCAAGCUUCUGAGGGGUUAACACGUCAGGGAAGUGGUAUUAUUGAGACAUCAGGCCAGUCAGAGGAGUUGCGUUGUGUUAUUGCUGUCAUUCGCCAUGGUGACCGGACACCAAAGCAGAAGGUCAAGUUGAAAGUUACUGAGGAGAAGCUGUUGAAUUUAAUGCUCAAGUAUAAUGGUGGGAGACCACGAGCUGAGACAAAACUCAAAAGCGCUGUUCAGUUACAAGAUUUAUUGGAUGCCACUCGAAUUCUUGUUCCACGCACUAGGUCUGGUCGGGAAAGUGACAGUGAUGCUGAAGAUAUUGAGCAUGCUGAAAAACUUCGACAGGUCAAAGCUGUGCUCGAGGAGGGUGGUCAUUUUUCAGGCAUCUAUAGGAAAGUGCAGCUAAAACCACUCAAGUGGGUCAAGGUGCAAAGGAAUAAUGAUGAAGCUGAGGAGGAACGCCCAAUUGAAGCUUUGAUGGUUCUCAAAUAUGGAGGCGUUCUUACACAUGCAGGAAGAAAGCAGGCUGAGGAACUAGGGAGGUAUUUCAGGAACCAUAUGUAUCCGGGGGAAGGUACUGGUUUGCUUCGUCUUCAUAGCACUUAUAGGCAUGAUCUAAAAAUAUAUAGCUCAGAUGAGGGCCGUGUUCAGAUGUCUGCUGCAGCAUUUGCAAAAGGUCUUCUUGAUCUGGAGGGUCAAUUAACGCCGAUAUUGGUUUCUCUUGUGAGCAAGGACUCCUCAAUGCUAGAUGGACUUGAAAAUGCUAGUAGUGAGAUGGAAGAAGCAAAGGCAAGGCUGCAUGAAAUCAUCAACUCAGUGCAAAAUCCUGCAAAAAGCAAUAGGCGUGCAGAAUUUCCUUGGAUGGUAGAUGGUGCUGGUCUACCAGCUAAUGCUCGUUCUUUACUUCCGAAAAUGUACAAACUUAUAAAGAAGAUAACUGAGCAAGUGAAGCAGCUUGCAAAAGAUAAAGAAGAAGAAUUCUCAAUGACAAGCUCAUAUGACGUGCUUCCUCCAUAUGACCAAGCGAAGGCUCUUGGGAAAAUUAACAUUGACGUAGAUCGUAUUGCUGCGGGAUUGCCUUGUGGAAGUGAAGGGUUUCUCUUAAUGUUUGCCCGCUGGAAAAAGCUUGAGAGAGACCUAUACAAUGAACGCAAGGACCGGUUUGAUAUUACACAGAUUCCAGAUGUCUACGAUUCCUGCAAAUAUGAUCUGCUUCAUAAUGCACAUCUUAAUCUUGAAGGUUUGACAGAGCUAUUUAAAGUUGCCCAGUUCCUAGCAGAUGGUGUUAUACCAAACGAAUACGGCAUCAACCCGAAGCAGAAACUUGUAAUUGGGUCAAAGAUAGCCCGCCGAUUGUUGGGAAAAAUCUUAAUUGAUUUGCGCAAUACCCGUGAAGAAGCAAUUAGUGUUGCUGAGCUAAAAUUUGGUGACGGGAAUACCGCAAUGAUCCAGCGGUCGAGAAAAGAGGAUAGUGAUCAACACCCAAGACAAACACAUAAACUUGAAGAUGCCAGAAGAAAUAGUUUUACUAGUGAAAAAUCAUUGGAUCCAGAUGAUGAUGAAGAUAAAGAGACCAAAUAUCGCUUAGAUCCUAAGUAUGCUAAUGUCAGAACACCUGAACGACAUGUUCGCACAAGACUAUACUUCACAUCUGAAUCUCACAUACACUCCUUCAUGAAUGUUCUCCGCUACUGCAAUUUGGAUGAAUCCCUUCAACAUGAAGACAGCCUUAUCUAUCACAGUGCGCUGGAGCGGCUUUUUAAAACAAGAGAGCUUGAUUAUAUGAGUUACAUUGUUCUAAGGAUGUUCGAGAACACAGAGGUGCUUCUGGAAGAUCCAAAGAGGUUUCGCAUUGAGAUGACGUUCAGUCGUGGUGCCGACUUAAGCACCCUUGAGGAACCGAAUAACGAUGCCGACGCUGCCUUGCUGCAUCAAGAGCACACACUUCCCAUAAAGGGCCCUGAGAGAUUACAGGAUGUGGGAGCAUAUCUCACAUUCGAAAUGAUGGAGAAGAUGCUGAGGCCCUUCGCAAUGCCGGCUGAGGAUUUCCCGCAGCCACCGAUUCCCCAUCCACAGGCCUUCUCCAAGAGCGCCGGCGUCUUGGAACGUUGGCUCAAUCUCUGGCCUUUCCAUAAGCACGCAUCUGCCAACAAGUAAGAAACAUUUUGGCCCUUAGAAUGUUACAUCUCUCUAUUGUUUUUUGUUUUUUCAUGGAGACUGGCUUUUAGGUUUUUGUGUUUUCAUAUGGUAAUGUAGGAGCAUUGAUUGAUAUACUUGUCUAAUGAAACUAUUAAGUUUUGGGAAAUUUUAUAAAUCCUUUCUCACUUGUAUUAUGUCUUACAUUAUUUAUGUUAAAAAGAAGUAUGCAUAAAAUACAAAUUUUAUUCA